CUCACACUGAGGUAGAGAUCCGAUGUCCCUCCCGCGCCCACACACACACACAACACUGACACACACACACACUCACACAAGCAGCGGGACUGAGUGGAGCUGCGUGCCCGGAGAGAAGGACUGAUAACCGUCGGACGAUGGGACGUCACAUGUCUCUGAACAAACUGUGUUAACUGAAGGAAACCGAAGUGUCUCUGGCAGCUGGAGCAGAACGAGUGAACCAAUCAGACGCAGUGAAGGUUGCUGAAGGGUCAGAGGUCAGAGGUCAUCAUGCAGACUAUAAAGUGUGUGGUUGUGGGUGACGGUGCUGUGGGGAAGACCUGCCUCCUCAUCUCCUACACCACCGGAGCUUUUCCCAAAGAGUACAUCCCCACUGUGUUCGACAACUACAGCAGCCAGGUGACCGUGGACGGCAGGAUCAUCAGUCUGAACCUGUGGGACACGGCAGGUCAGGAGGAGUACGACCGGCUGAGGACGCUGUCCUACCCGCAGACCAACGUCUUCAUUAUCUGCUUCUCCAUCUCCAGCCCCGCCUCCUACGAGAACGUCAAACACAAGUGGCAUCCAGAGGUGUCUCACCACUGUCCCGGCGUUCCCAUCCUCCUGGUCGGCACAAAGAGCGACCUCCGAAAUGACGCAGAGAUUCAGAAGAAGCUGAAGGACCAGAACCAGACCCCUGUCACCCACCAGCAGGGCGCCGCCCUCGCCCGCCAGAUCCACGCCGUCCGCUACCUGGAAUGUUCAGCCCUCAACCAGGACGGCAUAAAGGACGUGUUCAUCGAGGCCGUGAGGUCCUUCCUCAACCCGCAGCCCACUGUCAGCAAGAGGCCCUGCAUCCUGCUGUAGGACCGAGCCUCCACCCGACGGGAGCCGACGGGUUCGAGUCGGCACAACUUCCUGAGAGACUGUUUGGAAAAUGUAUGUUAAAACGUGUUUUUUAUGUUUGGUUUGGUUCCGAUGCUGCAUCAUGAGUGUGGUGAACCAUAAACAGAAAACCCCCGAAAAGAUCCAAUCGCUUUGUGCUUCUGUCGUCAUGACGACUGCACCAGUGCAGGUGUCAUGGCGACAGAAACGCAGAUGUUUGGUGGGAGACACCGAAGUGUUUCCACGGGCGUCUGAUGGGUGACGGCGAGGACGGGCGGGUCAGACAGGAAGCUGCUCAGGUGGAGUCACAGCUGGUGAAAAUAGAAAUAAGGAAGUUAAAGAGAACUCAGCAGUCAGCGUCGACCUGUGGGGCAGCGUUUCCCUGCUGCUCUGCUUUUUAAUCUGUUUGUCACGAUCACUCUGCUUCGUUUUCUCCUAAAUUGGUUUAUUUUUGUCGAUGAUUGUGUUUUUCUCAGUUUACUGUUUUUAUUUAAAUGUGCUGAUACAUUUAAAACGUGUUUCAUACAGUU